AUGGCGCUGAUAGACUUGCUCAACGCAGGGUGGCCACCAAACCCCCAGUGUGUAGACACCAUAAUAUCUGCAGAUCACAAUAAAGCAAAGUAUAAUAAACAUAUAAUCAGUGCCCAGCACAAAAACAUGGCCUCACAGAGUAGACAUCAGAUGGGGACCACUAGUUUGAUGGAGCAUUUCUUGAAGGAUGUGUUAGUCCACCCAAAUCAGUGUCAAGAAAGCAGUCUAAAGCUGAAAAUCAAUAAGAAGAAGACCCGAGAAAAUAAGUUUAAAACAUGGAAACUGAAUAACAAAUUACUUAAAAAUUACUGGGGCUUUAUUGAAGAGUUAUGUUCCAGACCUAGCAAAUCUCAGGAAGAUAUAAAGGAUAUUUUAGUUCGACCAUCAACAGAUUAAAAACUGGAGAAGAGAGAGCAGCAUCCCUUAGAGUUUGUUCAUAAGAUUGGGAACAGUAUGGAAGGAUUUCAUCCAGGUCAAGCUAUAAAUAGUGGACAAAAUUUAAUGUGUCCCCCAAUGUUUUCUAGUGCCCAGGCUUCUUGUUUGUUCAAAAGUUCCUACAAUAGACCAGUUAUGUCUAAUACUUUGAAGCUACCGCUAAUAGCCCAUUUGAUUGAGUUUACAAAUGUGACCCAAACAAAGUUGACAGAUAAUCCUGAAAAACUAGGCAGGAGCUCUAGUAAUACUAUACUAUCUCAUCUGGAAACUUCUUCCGUUUCAUUUCAGAAGCUUAAAGGAUUAAAUAGUAAAUCUUUAUGCAUAAAUUCAGGUAAAUUGAUUUUAGAGAAAGGUGUAAAAUCUCAGUGCAAAACUUUGUCUACUGGUUCUAAACUUCAUGAACUUGUGGGUACUUGAGGACUCCUUAAGAUUGGAAUCAUUUCCCACAUUAGCAGUAAACUCAGCAGCAAACCUAAAUAAAGUAACAUACCUCCUAACAAAGGGCUCUUUGAAGGUGCCAUUCCAAAGAACCACGAGGAAUUCUUUUCUGGUAUAUAUUGUACUAAAGAAGAAAAGCAUAUAUAUAUAUAUAUUUUUUUUUUUAACAAGUAAAACUUUUUGGAACAGAAUAGCUCAGUGUAUUCUGAAAUGAAAUUUAAUUGUGACUCUCUUCAGUCAACGUUUGGCUAACCCCAAGAGGCUGUACGAGACUUAAACCCUUGGGAAAAGGAGUGAGUUGAUCCAAAAGACAAUUGUAAAUUCAGAGGUUCUGCAAUGAGUUGUGAUCGCAGUUCCUCUUUUCUUUCACUGACUGACCAAUCUGAAGUAACUGCCAAAGAAAUGAAUCUUCCUUUAACAACAACAACAAUGAAAGCAUGUGCUGAUCUACAGUAUAAGAAAUCUUGUGUUUCUUAUAUAAGUUCUGAUAGUGAUAGUUCCCUCCAGUUGGUUACCAACUAAUCUCAAGUGACUGUUAAAGAAAUGUGUCUUCAGAAGGCUAUGCAUAUUGGUCUGAUUGACCAAAGCUAUGAGUCCAGUAGUUCUGACGUUGAUUUUGAUGGUAAUACUUCACUUUGGUCAAUUAUUGACCAUCCCCAACAGUCUGUAAAAGAAGUAAAGCUUUCCAAGGAGGUGCUCAUUGGUUUAACUGCUAAGAACUAUGGAUCUAGUAAUUCUGAAACAAGUGCUGACUCUGCUUUUCCACUUCAAACAGUGAUUGACCAGAUCCCAACUUUUUUGUCAAAAAAAAUUUGGAAGAAGGUUCACAUUGACUGGGUUGAUAAAAACUAUGAAGCAAGUUGUUCUGAAAUAAGUUUUGAUGGUGAAUUUUCACUUCAGUCAGUAGCUAACCAACCCUCACUAACUGUCAAGGGAAGAAACUUAAAGGCUAGGCAUGCUGACCUAGAUGACAAGACCAGUAAGCCCAGUAGUACUAAAGCAUAUCUUGUUUGUGACGUUUCUUUUCAGACAGUUACUGAUGAACCUUGGAAGGCUGUUGAAGAGAUACACCUUCCGAGUAAGAAGAAUGCUAAGGUUGUGGAUAAGAAUCAUGAAUUUUAUGGUCCUGAAGUGAUUUUUCAUGGUGGCAUUCAAUUAAUGGCUGACCAAUCUCAAGUAGGAGUCCUGGAGUUAGAUCAUGACUUGGAAAACAAGAGCAAUGAACCUAGCAUUUCUGAUAGAAGUUUUGAUUCUCAUAUUUGUCUUUGUCAAUCAGCUAAUAAUCAAGUGGCUCUGGAUGAAAUAAAUCUGAAAGAGCUAAGUGUUGAUCUGGAAGUUAAAAGCUCCAGUCCUGAGUUGAUCUUUGAUCCGGAUCCUCUGUCUAUUACUGAGCAAUCUCAACUAGAUUUUGAAGAAAUAAAAGAUCAUUUUAAUAUGCAAGAUAAUAGUUGUGAAUCAAAUAGUUCUGAAAUAACUCUUGAGGCUGACAUUUCUCUUCAGACAGUAGUUGACCAACCUGAAACUGUUUAAGAGGAGGAAUGUGUUGAUCUGGAAGAUAAAAGUAGCGAAUCUUGUUUUUCUGAAAUAACUUUUGAUUCUGAUGUACUCUAUUCAGAUACUGAACAAUCUGAAGUAGCUGUUAAAGGAAUAACCAUUCAGGAAGAAGAACCUGUAAACUUUGGUUUGGAUUCUGAUAUCCCUCACUAUUUAGUGACUAAUCCUACUGAUGCAGCUAUUAGAAAGCUAGAUCUUGGAAACGAAAAGCAGAUGUAAUUAGAAAAGAAGGAAAAUGAAUCCAGUGGUUUGGAAUUAAGUUUUAAUUAUGAUAUCACUUUUCACUCACGUAACGCUUGUUCUGAAGUUUCUAUUAAUGAAAUAAACCUUCAGAAAGAAAAACAAGCACAUUUUGAAAAUAAGGAAAACAAAGUUGAUGAACUUAGUAUUUCUAAAGCAAGGUUGGAUUCUGAUAUUCCUCUUCAGUCAUUAACUCACCAAUCAGAAGUAGUGGUUGGAGAAAUAUAUCUUCAAAACAAAAAGCCUACUGAACUAGGAGGUAAAAGUGCUGAACCUAGUGGUUCUGAAGUAAUUUUGGAUUCAUAUAUCCCUUAUUUGGUGACUGAACCUCAAAUAUCUAUUUAAAAAAUAAACAUUCAGAAAGAAGAGCAUGUUGUCCUAGAAUAUAAGAGUGAUGAAUUUAGUGGUUUUGAAAUAAGUUUAGAUACUGACGCUCCUCUUCAUUCCAUCACUGACCAACCUUAGCUAGCUUUUUUGAAGGAAAAGGGUGUUGAUCUGGAAGAUAAGAACAAUGAAUCCAGUGAUUCUCAGAUAAGUUUUGAUUCUGAUGACCCUCUUCAGUUAUUGGCUGAACAAAUUCAGGAAGUUGUUAAAACAAUAAACUCAAAGAAGAAAAUGGAGAUUAACAUAGAAAAUAAGAUGGAUGAACAUAUGGCUAAAUUAAUACAUGAUUCUGAUGUUUCUCUUCAGGCUAAGACUGAUCAAUCUGAGUACCUGGAAGAUAAGAACAGCUGAUAGAGUGAUUCUGAAAUGAGUUUGGAUUCUGAUUUCUUGCUUCAGUUUACAAUUGAUCAACCUCAAAUAACUAUUUUGGAACUAGAGCAUAUUGAACUAGAAGAUAAAUAAAAUCGAUCAUGUGUUUCUGAAAUAAGUUUUGAUUGUGAUAACCCUCAUCAGCCAGUGGCUGACCAGCUUCAGAAAGCUGUUAAGGAAAUGAGUCUUUGGGAGGAUGCAGAAGGUAGCAUGGAAGAUAAGAGGGAUAAAUCUGUGGGUUAUGAAAUCAUGCAUGAUUCUGAUGUUCUUCAGUCAGUGGCUGGUCAAACUGAAGAAGUACUUAAGGAGAUCAACCUUUGGAAGGAGCGUGUUGAUUCGGAAGAUGAGAUUGUCAAACCUAUUGGUUCUAAAAUAACUUGUGAUUCUUAUGAACCCUGUCAGUCUGUGGCUGAUGAAAUUGAGACUAUUAAAGAAAUAAAACUUCUGAGAAGGGAAAUAUUUGCCUGAAUAAUAAGGUCUUGAACUCAAUGGCUCUGAGCUAUUUAUUAUUCAGAUGCAUAUAAAUCAGUGGUUGAACAACCUCACAUUUUGGAAAAGGAGCAAGCAAAGUUGGAAGAUAAAAGCAAUAAUCCUUGUGGUCUUAAAAUAAGUUUUGAUUCGGAAGCCCUGCAGUCAGUGGAUAACCAACUUCUAAGAUCUGUUAAGGAAAUAAGUCUUUGGAAGGCAGACCACAUUUAUCUGGAAGAUGAGACCAAACUAAGUGAUUUUGAAGUACCUUACAACUCUGAUGUCCCUGUUCAGUUCGUGACUGAUCCUGUAGCUGUCAAAGAAAUAAACUUCCAAAAGAAGGACCAUAAUAACUUAGAAAUUAAGAACUGUAAAUCUAGAGAUUUGGGCAUUCAUAUUCAGAAAGAUGUUGAUCAACCUCAAGUGGUUUACAAAGAAACAAAUCUUCAAAUAAAGCAUCUUGAUAUGGAAGAAAAGAACAAUGAACCUAGUGAUUACAAUUUGUAUUCUGAUGUCUUUCUUUAAAUAGUAGCUAACCAAUCUCAAGUGUCAGACAAAGAAACAAAUCUUUAUAAGAUGGUGUUUUUGGACCUUGUCACCAAAAAUAAAGAUGGUGGUGUCAGUGACUGACUUCCUUAUAUGACUGUCAAAGAGAAGAACUGUAUAAAUGCAGACUGUAUUGAUCUAGAAGAUGAGUUAUAUUCUUGUGCUAAUCAUUCCAAAGAGAUUUUCAAAUUUGUAAACCAGAAGGGAGACUAUAUUGUUCUGAAUUUGAGUUGUAAUUGUUGUGGUUCUGAAAUAGACUUAAGUGUUAAUAUCUCACAUCAGUCCAGGACUUACCAAUUUCAAAGGUCUGAUAAAAAAUUGGAUAAACAGAUUGAUUUGGAAGAUAAGAGCUGUGUUGGUGGCCAGCCUAAAGAAGCUGUAAAUACAAUAGACUUGUUUAAGAAGGUAGCCUUUGCCCUGAAAGAUAACUAUGAUUCCCAGUCCUGCUCUGUUUCCAUGGUUGAUCCACUAAGAAACCGAAAAUCAAAAGGGAUCAUAGAAGAUAAUCCUCAUGAACCACUUCUUGAAACCUUGCCUCGUGUCCCUCCCUCCUUUGUAGGGAAAACAUAGUCUCAAAUAAUAGAAGAUGAUGUAAAAAUAAAUGCUCUUGUGAAAGCAUUCAGGGACGAUUGUUUUUACGGUUACUUUGAUGAUAACUAUGAGACCAGGAAAAUUUUUAAAAAUUUGAAUGAAGGAAAAAGAUUGCUACGACUGACCUUAACUAGGAAACCACAUUAA